GCGAAACUUGAGAAGUCACGUAUGCCAGAGGUUCGGAUAAAGCUUAUAUCUACGUAUAAUUCAUACCUCCUGUGCUAUCAGAAGCCGCAUGUCCUUCCGAAAAGCCGACACCUCGCCAGUGUGACCCUUCGCAGAAACCCUCAACAAGUCAACGCAAUCAUGGGCACUCAAACGAGCCCAGAGGGCACAACACUCUCCUCUUCCUCCGAAGAAAAGCCUCUCCUCAAAACAGCUCAUCGCAAAGUCGACAAAAGGCUUCUGCUAUGGUACUCCUUCGUCUACCUCAUCAUGCGAAUCCACGUCAGCAACAUCAGCAACUCAGCCAUCAUCAACCUAGAACAAGGAACCGGCAUCAAGAAGCAGCUUGGCAACCUCUCUAGCUCAGAGUGGGCGUGGGCGCUGAGCAUCUUCUAUUAUCCGUACAUGUUCUUCGAGCCUCUGGCCACGCUUGCGUUGAAGAGGUUUUCACCUUCGGUUUGGAUGAGUCGGAUUAUGAUUACUUGGGGAAUCAUAUCGAUAUGCCAGGGCGCAACUCAGAAUUAUGCGGGCAUUCUGGCCUGUCGGUUCUUCUUGGGACUGGCUGAGGCGGGGUUUUACCCUGGUGUUUUGUAUCAUCUCAGCUUCUGGUACCCAACUCAUAGGCUUCCGCUUCGUAUUGGCUUCUUUUACGCCUGCGGGAUGUUUUCCGGAACCAUUAGUGGUCUGCUAGCAUACGCAAUUUCGUUCAUGAAUGGUGUCGGGGGUCUAUCCGGUUGGAGAUGGCUCUUCAUUCUUGAGGGGAUCCCCGCCAUCUUUUGCGGUAUCUACACAUUCUUCUUUCUACCAAAUUACCCCGAGACCGUCGACUUUCUCACAGACUCGGAAAGAGAGGCCAUUCUAUCUGAUCUCCCAGAGCAAGCACCAACUAUGAAGUCCAAAACAAUCAACCUCCACCAAGUCAAAGACCUUUUUCGCGAUCCGACUUUCAUCCCGUUCCUGAUGAUUUGGAUUACCCAUGGCAUUGGCGGAUGGGGAAUUUCUUUUGUCCUACCGACUGUCAUUUACGAACUUGGUAUCUCAAAUACUGCUAUUUCACAAGUCAUGACUAUGCCCCCUUUUACCUUGGUCUUCGUCAUACUAUUAACGCUGGCCUUCUUCGUCCAUACGAAGCGACUUAGCCCCUGGGUCGCUGGCCUGGGUCUGGAAGCUGCUCAGAUCGUUUGCUACGUUCUUCUCAUCACGGUCAAGCAUCCCAUCGCGAAGUACAUCUUCGUCAUGGUCGCAACCGCUGCAUCUCAAAGCUUCUUCGCCAUAAUAUGGCCAGAACGUAUUAGAGCCGCAAAAGGAACAACAAGCGCAGGCCUCGCCAUCGGCGUGACCAAUGCAUCUUGUCAGCUCAUGGGCAUCGUAGGUCCCCAGAUAUACCAGUCGAGAUUCGGCCCUACAUACCGCGUCAGCUACUCCUGCUCCAUUGGCCUCCUCUGCGGAACGCUAUUGGCUGUGUCUGCGGCUUGGUUCUUCGUGGCUAGGCAAGACCGGAAGGAGACAGACAGAGGGCGCGAGGCAGCAGAAGAGAACUCAGAGGAUAGCAGAUAUACGCGAGCGGACGUCGUUGAAGGCAAGGUCUGAAUACUAGUAGUUGAAUCCUGAAGACGUGAUUAAGAUCAGUAGCCUCCUAUUCAUGGCUUCGUUAUAUCUGGCAUCGAGACUGGUUGAGUUCUUUGCCUUCGAGACUCUGCAGGUUUCCUAGGCCAGCUAGUAGAAAACAGAAACACAAGGUUGCAUAUAGGGGAAAUCAGUAGC